UCACACAUCUGUCGUUCUUCCUGUUUUUUUUUUGGUCCGCACAGAGGGAAGCAUGUCUGGCACUGGGGGUGGGAAGCGGACCUCAGGAGGGGAUAGUCCCCCUGGUCCGCCUGAAAAAAAGACGAAAAAAGAGGAGAAGACUACUACAACUCUUAUAGAGCCCAUUCGGAUCGGAGGGGUUUCUUCUACGGAGGAGAUGGACAUGAAGGUCAUUCAGUUCAAGAACAAGAAGCUUUACGAGCGCCUUGAACAGAGACAGGCUUUGGAAGAUGAGUUGAGAGAAAAGAUUGAGAAGCUGGAGAAGAGGCAGGCCACAGAUGACACCACCCUGCUUAUCGUCAACCGCUGCUGGACUCAGCUGGAGGAAAAUAUUCAUGACUUGCUGCAGCGUGUAGACCCUAAGGAUCCCCCAGCACCUGUCCAGACUCCUGCCACACCUCCUGUCCCUGCAGAUGUGCCUCUCGCAGCUGCCGCCCCAUUGCCGGCUCCUGAACCUGCUGCUCCAUUACCAGCUCCAGUGGAGGGAGAGGACGGCCUCCCCCAGCCUCCUGCAAAUAAGGGUGAAGAACAGAAAGAGCUAGCGCAGGACAAGGAACAGGAACAGCAACAGGCUGACACUGAGGAGAAGCCACCAGAGAAACCAGUGGAGGAUGGAAUCCCUGCUCCUCCACCGCCUCUCAGUGAGAGUGCAAAGUCUUUCCUAGCCAUUCUGGAUAACAGUAGUGAAGAGGAACUCGCCCUGCAGCUGCAGGACAGAAUGCAGUUCAGCAAGGGGGCUGUAGCCUGCGUGGUCUGCAUCUUUGACCGUCUGCACAACAGCAUUGAGGAGCUGUGCUCUAGAGUGAAAACAGCCGUUUGUGAGGAUGACAGUCAGCGAGAGAUAGUCGCCACAAACCGCACACUUCUAGAGGAAAACAGUCGGUUGCAAGACCUUGCUUCCUCUCUUCAGGGGAGACACCACAAAAUGUCUUUAGAGUAUAAUGAACUAGUGGACAAAGUCACAAGUUCCGAGACUAAAGUGUCUGAGAUGGAAACCGCUGUGGAGGACCUGCAGUGGGACAUCGAGAAACUUCGUAAGAGAGAGCAGAAGCUGAAUAAGCAUCUAGCAGAAGCUCUGGAGCAGCUUAAUUCAGGCUACCAUGCCACUGGCGGUUCUGGUGGAUUACCUGGUGGUCAAAUCACACUCAGUAUACAAAAGUUUGAGUCUCUGAAUGCAGAGCUGGAGCAGAACCAGGAGCUUGCCAACAGCCGUAUGGCAGAGCUUGAGAAACUCCAGCAAGAGCUACAGGAAGCUGUUCGGGAGAGUGAGAAGCUUAAGAUGGAUCUAAGAAAUAUACCAGAGGAGGUGUUGAAGGAGACGCCAGAAUAUAAGUGCCUCCAAUCACAAUUCUCUUUGCUCUACAAUGAGUCUCUGAGUGUGAAGACCCAGCUGGAUGAAGCCAGAGCUCUACUGCUCACUGCCAAGAACGCUCACUUGCGGCAGAUAGAACACAUGGAGAGUGACGAGUUGUCUCUUCAGAAGAAAUUACGUACUGAAGUCAUCCAGCUAGAAGACACACUAGCCCAGGUCCGAAAAGAAUAUGAAAUGCUCCGGAUCGAGUUCGAGCAGAAUCUUGCAGCCAAUGAGCAAGCAGGCCCAAUAAACAGAGAAAUGAGACACUUAAUCAGCAGUCUGCAGAACCACAAUCACCAGCUCAAAGGGGAUGUGCAGAGAUAUAAGAGAAAGUUGCGUGAGACACAUAUGGAAAUUAACAAGUUCAAGUGCCAGAGCAGUGAUGCAAGUGCGCAGAUGUUGGAAGAAAGCUUGGGUGAUGGUGGACUGGAGGUUAAGAAGGAGGAAGACGAGGACCAGGAGGAGGAGGAAGAGAGGAGGAGAGAGCUGGAGAGGCAGCGAGCUCGGGAGAGAGAGAGGGAGGCCGAGAGAGAAAGGGAGAGAGAAAGAGAGCGCGAGAGACAGCGCAGCGAGGAGAUGAAGAGGAAAGACUCAGACACGCUGAAGAUGCUCAGAGCAGAGCUCAAAAAAGCUCAGGAGUCUCAGAAGGAAAUGAAACUGCUGCUAGACAUGUACAAAUCGGCUCCCAAAGAGCAGCGGGACAAAGUCCAGCUCAUGGCGGCAGAAAAGAAGUCCAAAGCAGAGGUGGACGAGUUGAGGCAGCGAGUGCGAGAACUGGAGGAAAGGGAAAGGAAGGAGAGCAAGAAACUGGCGGAUGAAGAUGCCCUCUGCAAGAUACGCGUGGCCGAGGAGACCAUCGAACACUUGCAGAAAAAACUGGCUGCUACGAAACAGGAGGAAGAAGCUCUGCUGAGUGAAAUGGAUGUGACGGGACAGGCGUUUGAAGACAUGCAGGAGCAGAACAGCAGGCUCAUGCAGCAGCUCAGAGAAAAAGAUGAUGCCAACUUCAAGCUGAUGAGUGAGCGAAUUAAAUCCAACCAGAUUUACAAGCUCCUGCGGGAGGAGAAGGAGGAGCUGGCGGACCAGGUGCUCACGUUCAAAACCCAGGUGGACGCGCAGCUGCUGGUCGUGCAGAAGCUAGAGGAGAAGGAAGGUGUCCUGCAGAGCACGCUGGCUGCUCUGGAGAAAGAGCUCACGUUGCGUACUCAAGCGCUGGAACUCAACAAACGCAAGGCGGUGGAGGCAGCCCAGUUGGCAGAGGACCUUAAAGUGCAGCUGGAGCACACUCAGACCAAGAUGAGGGAAAUCCAAGCCUCUGUGUUAGAUAAUCGUAAUGCCCGUGAGAGAGAGAGCGCCAACCUUAAGAGAGCACAGGAGGAUUUGUCCAGACUGCGGCGUAAGCUAGAGAAGCAGAAGAAGGUGGAGGUGUAUACAGAUGCUGAUGAGAUUCUGCAAGAAGAAAUAAAUCAGUAUAAGGCUAAACUGCGGUGUCCCUGUUGUAACACCCGAGACAAGGAGACCGUCCUCACCAAGUGUUUUCACGUCUUCUGCUACGAAUGCUUGAAGACCCGUUACGACACUCGGCAGAGGAAGUGCCCCAAAUGCAACGCUGCUUUCGGAGCCAAUGACUUCCACCGCAUCUACAUAACUUAAUUUAGCAAGAACGACGUGAUGGACUGAAUCCUCCGAGAGGGAUGAAAGAUGCUGUGGUAUUUUAAUAUGCUCUGAAGGGCCACUUUAACUCCCAUCUGUGAGAGGUGGCUCUGAUGACCAAACAGACAGUGACAGAAUGGAAACUGUUGUGAUGAAGUUACAGUGAAAGUAGUUCAUGGUCUAUAGCACACCAGCAGCGUUCAUUCAUUGUGGAAAAAUGCAUCGACUCCUGUCUCCCUUACUGUGUUCUUUAAAGUUUUACAGUGUAUUUUCUUUUUACUUUCAUUUAUUUUUUUACGUGAACGUGAAUCGCCAUAAAAAAGUGGAAAAGGUACCGAGUAUCAUAAAUGUCAACUACACAUGACACACACCUUUAAAGUUCACAGAAUAUGUUUUGACAAUUUUAAGCCUUAUUUGAUUGAGUCAUACAGUAACUCUAUCCAAUAAUGAUCAGAGCCAGUUUCUACGGUGACAGUCAGUGUUACUAAACCCUGUUCAGUUACUAAUGAACAGAUGUGAUGGUGUAGUAACUCAAUCCAGUAAUGAUGAGCGCUGGUUUCUAUGGUGUCACUUCCUUCAGAUGACCAAUAAACACGUGAUGGGUACAAGAGAGAAGAGAACUGCAGACAUUGAAACAUGAACAUUGAAAGUAAAAAAAUAGGAUCAACUUUUUAGUUUAAAGACACAGUAAAUGAUGUAGGUGUUUUCUAGAAAUAAUAGAAAUGUGUACAUUCAUUCAAAAAUAGAUCAAUAACAAGCACAGUUUUAUAAAAAAAUUAAGUGCAUUUACAUCAACUCUGUGUGAUUUGAUGUCAACCAAGAAAUCACAGACAUUAUGUAAUGUGUUUAUGCAGUUGUUUCUCCUUAUCAGCCUUGUUGAAACUUUUGUGUGGUGUUAAACGAUUUGGCAUUGCAGGUUAAUGUGACAGAUAAACAUGAGUUUUCAUUCUAAUAA